CAGAGAAACAGCUGCUAUAUCAGAGAGACCCUCUCUAUGGCAGGGAAAUGAGAGACAGCUCCUCAAUCACAUGACACGCGCUCUGAAGUCUGGAUUUACAACUGGUGCCUUUGUUGAACACAAUGUGGGUGAUUCCUGGGAGAUUUCAGAGGGACCGGGGGUAAAACAGCAUGCCGAAGCUUAAAGGGAUCGUUCACCCAAAAAUGGAAAUUCUGUCAUAAUUUACUCACCAGAUUGUUCAUGCUACUCUUUUACAAUAAGUCAUACGGGAUUGGAAUGAUGAGUAAAAGGAUCUUCAGUGACAGUGUGGCAGACAUGAAAACCCAAGAGCAUCGUUCCAGCCCUCUGAAAUCACACACACAAAGUGAUGCACGGCCCCACUCCCAAAUGAAGGGUCUCCAGUUUCGCAGCAUUGCCCCCAAAGCCCCAGUAGUGGUUCCAUCCUCUGCAGUUCUAUCCUGCCAACCUCCCUCAGCCCUUCCAGAAGCAUCCACAGCUGUCAGCCCCAAAUCCAUCCUUGUCCCUGCCCAGAACUAUGCACUCAUGCAGGUGGCUGGACAAGAGGGGACCUUCUCAUUGGUGGCCUUACCUCAGACACAACAGCAACAGCCAAUCCAGAAGAACCUUAAGCUGCCUAUUCCUAGAUACCAACCGGUGCGAAGCAAGAGCGCUCCAGAAAAAGGCAGUAGCAAGAUGCCGAGUCCAGCCAAGGUUUCUGCAACCAUACAAGCUCAAUCACCUGCUGUGAAAUCAGACCAGAGUUCAGACCCAGUAUCGGAGCAUCUUGUUUUAAUUGAUGCUCCUACUUUGUCUGAAAUCAACGUUGGGCCCUUGCUCCCAGGAUCACAGACAGAUCGAAAAGUGGAACAAAAAAGCGAUGCUGGUCCACUCAAAAACCAGCACUAUCCUUCUGGAACCUCCCUUAUUGCCCCUGUCAUUAAAAUCUCACCAGUUAAAACCCAAAUAGAGGGUCAAGCCUCGGCUGGCAGUGCCAUCACAGUCCUCUCACCCACUAUCUUUAGCAAAGCUGUUCAGAUCAUUCCAUCUCCAUCCAAGGGCAAGCUGCCCAUCCUGCCCUAUGCCAAGGUGAAGAACUCCCUCCUGGCACCCACCAGCCUUGCCAGCACCCCAUUCUCAGAGAAGCAGACUGGAGCCAAAAGCAGCCUGAAAAGCCCUCCAGACAACAAAAUCAAGUCCACAGACAGCAACGUUAAAAGUGAAAGCCUAAGCCAAGACCACAACAACACCCAAAUCAAGAACCCUCCAGGCAAGAAACGGGGGAGGAAGAGAAAAACAAUGGAGGAUAUUCUAGCCUUCGAAGCCCGAAAGAAGAGAUCCUUGUCAUUUUUUAGAAGGAGGGUACCUGAGAAACCUCCACCUGGUGUGUCAAAUCCUGCCUCUCAAGAGAAGCUGCUUGACAUAUCCAAAAAGUAUCGGAGUAUUCGUCCCAAGCCAGUACUGGUAGUGGAAACCACAAUUCCACAACUUGUUCCACUCCCUUCUUUGUCAACAUCGGAGAACCUUGAUCAGGAGCUCGUAUUAGGACAGCAGAUAUCAGGAAAACAAUCGAGUGCUCCACAGUCUUCGCAAGCUACUGAUCAGCAGCCUGUGGUAGAAUGUAAAGGUGGUGGAGGAGUGAUUUACACAGGAAGUCGUCUGCUGCAUCGAUGUCCUACCUGCAACAGGUGUUUCCAGUUCAAGCAUCACUUGCAGAGCCACAUGAACAGCCACAGUAACCUGCGGCCUUACGUCUGCCCGGUAUGCAGGAAGGCCUACGCUCACUCAGGCAGUCUUAGCACUCAUAUGAAGCUGCACCAUGCAGAAAGCAGGCCCCGGAAGAGCCUUUGCUGUGAAUUCUGUGAGAAGUCAUUUGGCUAUGUGGGUGUCUACUUCAGCCACUUGAGAGAGGUGCACCGGGUAAUACUUACUGUUGAACCGUCCAUCAGUCAACACGAAGAAAACAUGUCUGUAGGAGAGUCUUCGGAAGCUGAUGAACAGGCCUCAGAACAACGUGUUGACCCAGUCGAGCUACAAAUUAAGUGUGGGCGCUGCCAGGCCAUCACCCCUACCUUUGCUGACAUGAAGCUGCAUUUGUUGUACGUGCAUGGAGAGGAGGUCCAGGUGCGAUUGAGGGAUGGGGCCAUGCGCGGGGGCCGUGAAGCAGAGGAUGAACUGGUCAAACAUGCAGCACAUUACUGGAGGCAGCUCAAUGAGAAACGCAACCUAGUGCACUGCGGCACCUGCGACGAGGAGUUCUUCUCCUUUUCCAAGUUCAAACGCCACCUCCAUUCUCACCAUCAAGAAGCUAGAGAGAGUCAAGAAGAGGAGGACGAAGAGGAGAUGAUCGGUAAGGAGGGCCAUGUAUUAAGGGGCCUCAGUAAAGGUAUAUCCCUGAGGGUGGGGUCUCACUUUAACUGCAUCCUUUGCAGUAAGGUGUUUAAUAAGAAACAGGAUGUUAUUGAGCAUUGGAGGGCACAGCACAACUGUGAAAAUCCCACCCUUCUAUGGGAUGUCCUGGACUUCAAAGGGGAGAGCAAGCUUAUUGAUGGGCCAAAUUAACUGCAAAUGGGUAAUUUAUUAUUUGCUCCAUGUGUCGACUGUGUGGUUUAUGCAGGAUGCAGUGACGUUAAUGCAAAAAAAA